CAUCGAAUACAGAGUAAAACACAAAAAAGCGGAAACAAACAUUUUUCCUCCUAGGCGGGCUUGGUUUUGAAAAAAUGUGAUGGUGUUUCGGAAGUGUUGUUAACAGAAAGUGAACUUGUUCUCCUAUCAAAAAUAUACCUACCUAUAGUUCUGUCUAUCCGUAUUCGUUUCCGUUUUAGUCCUUUGUUUUUAAAGAGCAAGAGGUCAUUUUUAAAAUACCAUUACUUUGUCAUUUGCAUACGAGUUUCCUUCAAUUGAAUAUUUUGACGUAUGUUAUGCGAUAUAUUGUCGUUUUGUUAUUCCUUCCUUCGCGAUAUUAUCUGAUGUUUGUGUCACUGGGUCAAUUUAAAUUCUGAAUAACCACUAUCAGUGUCCUUCUUGAGUGUUCUUUCCUUAUUGAAUCCUUACUGUGUUAAUGCGGAAAGGAAGUGCAAAAUUUAAAUAUUAAGUAAAGUGGUUAUUGUUACUCCUGACACUGCCAACCUUGAAAAAAGGAUUUAAUAUUUCUGUUGAUUUCAAAAAAAGAAAAAUAUAUUUUAAAAAUAUAUUAAAAAUGAAUAAAAGAAAUUUUCUCUUGUGGUUUGUUUUUGGGAAUAUUUUAAAUUUUUUAUCCUCACUCCCUCGAAAUUCAUCUUUUCACCAAUCAUCCACAUCCGGGGAUGGGGAAACAAUAUAUAUUGGAUUCCUCGCGGAAUAUGCACAGAUGCGUGUCACACUAGGUGGUCUUCCAUUGGCCAUCAAAAAAGUAAAUGAAAAUCCUAAAUUACUGCCAGGAAGGACAUUGGCCUUUAAAGCAUUCGACAUCGGACAAGGGGUCGGUGCUCAUCGCUUUAAACCAAUUCAGUUUAUGACUCAAAUGCGUGAUGAGAACAUAGCUGCAUUUAUAGGACCUGACGAAGGUUGCACGGGAGAAGCCCUUGUUGCCUCAGCAUGGAACAUUCCAAUGAUGUCGUUUAAAUGUGCUGAUUCAGUAGUGUCGAAUAAAAAAAUAUUUCGUACAUUUGCCAGGACCUUGGCACCGGCUUCCAAAGUAUCGAAAAGUGUUAUUAGUCUCUUACAUAAUUUUAACUGGGAUAAAUUUGCCAUCAUUGUGGGAACAAAACCUGAUUGGGGCUUAAAAGUUGCACGUGCCAUUCAAGACCUGGCUGAAUUGGAAAAUUUGACAAUUACCCAUUUCAAGGAAAUUUCCGAUUACAUCCCAAUGAAUACGACAUUAAUUAAAAUGCAGAGAAUUGUCGAUGAGACAUAUCAAAGCACAAGAAUUUAUGUUUUUAUUGGAGAGCAUAUUGCAAUGGUGGACUUUGUGAGAUGUUUACAAAAUCGAAAAUUACUUGAAUCCGGAGAUUACCUCAUUAUAUUCGUUGAUGACGAGAUUUACAAUUCCAAACAUCGAUUAAACAUCAUGGAAAGAAAUUACCUUGAUCCGUAUAUAAAACGCGAUAAAAAUAAAUCCCUCGAUAAAAAUUCAUUUCGUUCUGUCAUAAAAAUCAGUAUGUCAUAUCCCCAGAAUCCAAAUUUGAGAGAAAUAUGCAGUAAAAUCAAAGAGAAUGCUCGAAAACCUCCUUUUCUAGUUCCCUAUCAUGAACGAGUUUUUGACAACAUUUCGGUUCCAAUUUAUGGUGUUCAUUUGUAUGACACGGUAAUGAUAUACGCCCGAGCUAUUACGGAGGUUCUAUCAAAGGGUGGCAAUAUACGUGAUGGCAGCCUGGUAAUGAGUCGAGUCUUCAACAGAUCCUAUCACUCAAUUCAGGGUUUCGAUGUGCACAUUGACUCGAACGGUGAUGCAGAAGGUAACUAUACCGUGAUAACAUUGCAGGACGACAGCGGGCACGGAUCGCUAGCUAAAAUGUCAAUGCAACCCGUUGGAUACUUUGUGUUCAACAAGCAAUCCUCUCUGCCGGAAUUUCGUUAUAUCAAACAGGAUCGGCCCAUACUUUGGCUUAAAGGUCGCCCGCCUUUAGCCGAACCGAUUUGUGGAUUCUCAGGCGAGCUAUGCAAAGUGAAACGAAUUGACUGGAAAUUCAUUGGACCUGGAAUAUUUAUAGGAUUCUUCUUCAUUGUUGCCUGCAUAUUUCUGAUUAAGCAUUAUCGAUAUGAACAAACAUUGGCAGGACUUCUUUGGAAGGUCGAUAUGAAAGACGUGACUCCAAUAAACAUACCCAGUCCGGACUUCAAUUUGAAAGGAAAUAGAAACAUUUUCCAAGCAACAUGUCGACAAAGCAUAUUGAAUGGUGGAAUAGAUACGACUAAACGAGCAUAUACCAGUAUAGGACUCUUCCGUGGCAACAUCGUAGCGAUGAAAAAGAUAUACAAAAAAUCUGUGGAUGUAACUCGAACAAUUAGAAAGGAGCUCAAACAGAUGCGGGAGAUACGCCACGAAAAUGUAAUCGGAUUUAUAGGAGCUUCAAUUGACCAUGGAGUUGUUAUUAUAUUCACCCCAUAUUGUGCACGUGGAAGCCUUGAAGAUGUCCUUGCAAAUGAGGACCUGCAUUUGGAUCAUAUGUUCAUAUCGUCAUUAGUGAGUGAUAUCCUGAAGGGAAUGAUUUAUUUACACGACUCGGAUAUUAUAUCCCAUGGAAAUCUUAGAUCUAGCAAUUGUCUGAUAGACUCACGAUGGGUAUGUCAAAUAUCAGACUUUGGUUUGCACGAAUUUAAGUCUGGCCAAGAAGAACCAAAUAAGCGAGAAAAAGAACUUAAACGUGCUCUUUGGAUGGCUCCAGAGCUGUUGAGGGAUCCAGGAAAAUUACCAAGAGGCACACAAAAAGGAGACGUUUAUUCUUUUGGUAUCGUCCUUUAUGAAAUAAUCGGUAGAAAAGGACCCUGGGGAGAUACGGCUUAUUCCAGUGAAGAAAUAAUUGCACGAGUGAAAAAUUCUGAAAUGUAUCGACAUGGAGUUUUUCGACCACCAAUAGCAUACCUUGAAGUGCCAGAAUAUGUUCGAUUGUGUUUACGUUCAUGUUGGGAUGAAGAUCCAGAAGCGAGACCUGAUAUUCGUUUAGUUCGAAUUAAAUUAAAGGAAUUACAAGCUGGAUUAAAAUCAAAUAUCUUUGAUAAUAUGUUAUCAAUCAUGGAAAAAUAUGCAUAUAAUUUAGAAGCGCUUGUUCAAGAGCGAACGAAUUUAUUAUACGAAGAAAAGAAAAAAACUGAUUUAUUAUUAAAUCAAAUGUUACCGCGAUCCGUAGCAGAAUCUCUUAAACGGGGAGAACCGGUCGAAGCUGAAUGCUUUGAUUGUGUUACAAUAUUUUUUAGUGAUCUCGUAGGUUUCACCGAACUUUGUGCAAAAAGUACACCAUUUGAAGUUAUUGAAAUGCUUAAUGAUUUAUACACCUGUUGUGAUUCAAUUAUAUCUGGCUAUGAUGUUUAUAAGGUUGAAACAAUUGGAGAUGCCUACAUGGUAGUAUCGGGCCUCCCAAUACGCAACGGAAAUAAACAUGCUGGCGAAAUUGCCUCCCUGGCUCUUCAUCUCCUCGAACACGUAUCGAAAUUAGAAAUCCGACAUAGACCCGGAGAAUCUUUACAAUUUCGAAUUGGUAUUCAUUCUGGACAAUGUGCUGCAGGAGUUGUUGGAAUGAAGAUGCCGAGAUAUUGUUUAUUUGGAGAUACUGUUAAUACUGCAUCUCGAAUGGAAAGCAGUGGGGAAGCCUUAAGGAUUCAUAUUUCAGAGAAAACGUAUACAUUACUGGAGCAAGUGGGUGGUUUUCAUUGUGCUGAAAGAGGCAUAACAAAUGUCAAGGGAAAAGGUGAAAUGCGAACGUAUUGGCUAAUUGGUCAAGUCAAAACUUACGAGCCACAUGUACCAUUCCGGAAAAGUGACAUAACUCCAGAUCUCAUAAGUAACGUCGAUAGUGAUUCACUGCGUCCUUUACGCCUAUCAAAUGAAUGCAAUUCAUCGAGUCUAUCAAGUGUUCAAUUACAAGUGAUGGGAAAUCAUCGGAUCAACAUGCCAAUCCGUCCAAGUUCAGCACGUUUGGUGUAUCCGAAAACAUACUGUGCCUGCCGAACAAAAUGCAUAUUCGAUCGUAAUUCUGAUGAUAAUGUUAAUUUUGUAAUCGAACGAAAUUCAGAUAUAAAUCAUUUCAAGGGGGGGAAAUUGCCUUCAAGGCAAAAUGAUCGAAAUUUCCUAUGUGUAUGCAAUUUAAGUUCGAAUUUUAGCGACGGUGGACCAAGAGGGCCGCGUUCUGCACCUCAUAUAACAUUCCGUCAGUAAGAAAUGGCACAUAUUUUAUGAUUAUGUUAAGUUUAUGAUCGGAAACUAAAGCCAAUUAAAAACAAAUUAAAAAAAAAAAAACAAAAAAACUAAAUUUAAAAAAUCUAAAAGUGUUGUGUCUGGUAAUUGAGGUUGUGGUUUGAAAUGUAGCUAAUUUAAAAAAAAAUAUAUAGAAAAACUAGAAUUGAAGGGGAAAAUAUUUAUGCGGCAAAUAAUACAAAAAAUUUCUCAUAAAUAAAUGUGUGAUGUUAAAAAAAAAAACUAAAAUAUACUAUAGAGAAUGUUAUAUUGAAUGUUAAAAAGAAAAAAAUGUAUAGGUAUAGUAUUUAUGUAAAAUAAAAAUGUAUGAAUGUACCUAUGUUUAAGGAUAAAAUUAAGAUAGGUAAAUCAGUGCAUUGAAUUGUUGAUGGAUAAAACUUAAAUAUUGAUAUACACAUAGCACACAAAAUUGACUGAAUUUGAAAUUAUCGAAUAUGUAAAAACAAAAAUGAAGAAAUAUAAAAUACAAAACAAACGAACACUAUUUAACUUGCUCAAGGCAAGAAGUAAAAAUAAAACAUUUUUUUGGAAUUUUUAUGAAACACAUACAUACAUAAAUAAAUAAAGAUUAUAUAUAUUAUAUUAUUAUA